AUGUCUUCAAGAGCCCUAAACGACUCAGUCAUUGACGACGAUGACGAGCUCUGCCCGCUCUGUAUUGAAGAGUUUGAUCUCUCUGAUAAAAACUUCAAGCCAUGCCCGUGGUGGCUACCAGCGAAGAAGGCCGUUGCCCAAAUUGCAGACGCGUUUAUGAUGAAAACAGUAUUCAAUACCGUGUCCCAGAUGUUGAUGAGUGCGUUCAAGGCAGACUUGGCUCUAAAACAUCGAAAAGCCGCUGCAGCCAAACGAAAGGAGGCUGAAAAACGAGAAAUCGAAGCCUCAAGUAGGAAAAACUUGGCUGGUGUCCGGGUGGUUCAAAAGAACCUCGUCUAUGUUAUCGGCCUCAAUCCUACAAUCCGAGACGAAAAUUUACUAUUACAAACUCUCCGAGGUGACCAAUAUUUUGGCCAGUAUGGCGAUAUUGACAAAAUAGUUGUCAGCAAGGCGAAGCCAGGUGGCAACCCAAACCAAGGUAUUGGUGUCUACGUGACCUUUGCGAGGAAGAUAGAUGCGGCUACAUGUAUAGCGGCAGUUGAUGGCUCACCUAACGGUGACAGGGUCUUGCGAGCGCAAUAUGGCACUACCAAAUACUGUUCCUCCUUUCUCCGCAAUGAAACGUGCAAUAACAGGAAUUGCACGUUUCUUCAUGAAACCGGAAAUGAUAGUAACAGUUUUAGUCGACAAGACCUUUCAUCCAUGAAUUCAAUUUCUUCGCAAAGAUACCCAUCGAACGGAUCGUCUUCCGUAAUCUCACAAGCGCCAAACCAACUCACCCAGCGUCCAUCCCCUGCGAUUAGCCAUGCUAGGGCCGUUAAUGCUCCAAAUACCCAGUGGCCCGCUGUCAAGGACGAUGGCGGAGUGCGUGCUUCGAGUACGGAUUCAUCCGCCCUUCCAUCGUCUGCAAGCUGGGCGAAUAGAGAUUCCUUGGCUCAGAGAACUAGGAGGGAGAGUAUAGCGGCGAGUCGAUCAUCUCCUAGCCCUAAGCCGACGAACGAACAAUUGGCUUCUCGACCCGUAAACGGCUAUGGAAAAGAUUUUCAACGAACAGCGGAACAACUGAACACUGCAUCGGACUCGGCUGGUCCUAUUGAACAGCCGAAUACGGCACGCCGACCAGAAUCUCCCUCUCCCACCAUGAUUUUUGAUAAGCUAGUAAAAGCUAUCAAUUCGCCGGAGUUCCGAUUUCACUUCUCAACUGAAGCUGUCCCUGACAACGAGUUGGUAUUUAUCGAGAACCAUCCAUCCCUAAUAGACCCGUACGGAGGCGUCAAACGCCGGGCCAUGCGUGAGAAAGCUGAGCAAGAGCGAGCAAAACAUGCCCUCGAUGGGAAAAUUUUACAAGCUCCAGCCGAAGAAGAGAACCUUGAAAGCGGGAGUUCACAGCUAGGUGGUGAACCAGAGGACGCCCAUGGUGGCGUUGGUGUUCCCGGGCGACAUCAAAGAGAACCACAAUCUGCUAUUCAGCCUCCUUCUCAGCAGGCAACGGCCAACAACUCGGCUGUGGGGUCCCCUGUUCCAAAUAGCCAUCAGUUCCAGAACAUCAAUGUCAAUGCCCGAAAUCUUUCCCAGCUUCAACAGCAGCAGCUCAUGCUACUCAAGUCUGCUGGGGCCCAGCAGCAUAACAUUAUGGAUCUCCAAGCCCAUGCCUCGUCUGGCACCUUUGAUCAAAAUGCCCGAACGUUUCAGAACCAGAUGGCUGGAUUGAAUAAUAUACCCGGACAUACAAGGCAGUCUUCGCGGUUUUCAUUUGCCUAUGAUGUUAAUUCCAAAAACCCCAGUGGCAGACUUGUUGGUUCUCAGGGCCCUAUGAUGCAAUCAUCCAGCCCGAAUCCUCUUUCGAUCCCUACUACACAACACACUCUUGGUAAUCAAUACUUUGUGAGCGGUAUUCAAGGCCCGCCACCAGGAUUGAAGAGUGCCGGUACUCCUCCAGUCAGUGGUGGCGGCAUGUUUGCCCAGGGCCAUGGUUUUACCAGCACGAUGAACAAUAACCUUGGGCUCGGUACCAAACAAGAUGGAAAUGCUGAUUUGAUGCGUGAAAUUAUGCGUGCCAGGGGCACUGGCGGGAAUGUCCAGUCCCAUGAUGCAACAAAGCGUGAGUUCCUGUUUCCUUUACUCCAACAAAAUAGCACACCCCCUCCUCUGGCUCCCGUUUCAGGCCUUUUGAACCCGCUCUAUGGCCAGCAGCUUGGUCUAUAUCAAGAUCAAGUGCCACAGAAGCAGAAAAAGAGGGGAAAGAAGCAUAGACAUGCUAACACUUCCUCCGGCGGAGGCGGUGUAGUAGAUCUUGCAGACCCGAGUAUUUUGCAGGCGAGGAUGCACCAAGGUGGCGCCAAUGCUGCCGCUGGGCAGGGGCUGUACGGGAGUCAGGGUCAAGAAGACGAAGAUUUCCCACCGUUGGCUCCAGCAUCUAAGCCGAAUUACGACAAACAACCGACGGACCCAAUUCGUCUGCCAAUCAUUAAUUCUCUUCCAGGGGAAUCAUCGCUGACCUCAAGCCGGUCUGGAACUCCCUCUGUGCCGCCUGGGUUCGGCUUACCCCAUGCUCAUCCACCUGCAUUGCUCGUUCGUGAAUCCAGAACAUCAAGCCCUUCACUCCCAAAGACUCCUUUGAACAUAAAUCCACCUCCAGGGCUAGUGCAUCCUCAAGCACUCACAGAGACGAAUGCUGCACCCGAAUCAGCACGAGGUUCUCCAGCUACUCCCUUGAAGCAGCCAGUUAGUAGAGCUGCCGAAGUAUCCCUCGGGUCUCCCAAACCCAAGGCUGGUAGCGCUGCCAAAACUACUUUAUCAAGUGACAAUUCAUCGUCAAAAACACACCAAUUAUCCAGCCACGGGAAAUCAAAACCCUUAAAACUUGAUCUUUCGACAUUUGAGAAGAUUCGCGAACCUGUCUUCAGUUCAACCCCCGUGCAGAGUGUUGCACCCCUAGCUACUUCUUCAGCCGGUCCAGAAUCUAGGCCAGAUACUCCAGGGACCAACUCUCGUACUUCAAACUCUCCGGCUCCUCGCCAGCCAAGGGUUUUACGGGUUGUUGAUACGCCGAAGUCAGAACAAGCACCACCUACAACAUCAACAAGCACAUCUGUAUGGGGCGUGAAACAACGACCAGGAAUACAUAAUCUCUCUUCUGUCAGCAGACCAACGACGCCAGUAGGCUCUGAGUAUGAUGCCCAAACGUCCGCCUCCGUUUCUCGAGCGAAUUCGCCACCACCAUCUAGAAUUGGAUCUGCGCCUGUUCGAACGGUUACAAAGAGUCAAGUGAAGAAGGACAGGAAAUUGAAGGCCAAAAAUGCCGAGGCCAAAAAGGAUGAAAUCCUUCUAGCUACUUCAGCAGCCAACAGCGAAACUCAAGCCCCGAUCAUCGGUCGUAAACGCAAGACGAAGAAGACACCGAAGCAGCCCAAUAGUGAUGUUGAUGCCAACGCAUCCGACGGAGAACAGAAAGAAUCAUCAAGUAAUGAUGCUGGGAAGUCUCAAGCGGAGCCCGAAGACCCACCAUCCAAGUCAAACAUCAAUCAGGAGGAGCCAAAGAAACAAGAAUCAAAAGCUCCAGUAGAAAGCGAACCAUGGCGGGAGAAUAACACCCUCCAGCAAAUGACAAUGGAUGCCGAGUCGAAAGGUGUACCGGUCAAAGAUCUCUUUCUUGAACGCACGGCACCUCUUCCCACGCUCCUUGGACAGCUUCAGCAACAUAAAGAUUUUGAUUUGAACACCCACUUACUCUUCAACCCACCAAAUCUAGGCCAACGUACAGAUAUGAAGUGCAAUGCCGACGACUACGACAUGCUGCAGAAUCCACUUGAGCUGACAGAUGAGCACCGGAAACAGCUUCUCCGAGGUGAACCUGUACGUAUCAGCAAUGGUGACCCUGAUAAGCUCAAGCACCGUGCCCUCAUCACACCUACCGGCUGUAUCCUCCGUCAUCUUUCCGCCGACGAAGAAGACCGGUAUCUUGCGUUGGAGAAGAGCCUCUCAUCUGUUCUAGAUGUCAUUCAGAAUUCUUACCCCUCCCUUCUCAUCUCUGAGCCUGACAUCACAAACCGCGGGGGUGGGUUGGAUGCCCUCUUCGCUACCCCUGAGAAGUUCAAUAUUUGUUGGGUUGAUGAGGACUCAACUCAGAACGGUCUUGUGUCCAGCAUCGCCGGUGAAGGUUCAUCUGCGAUCUUGUCCCACCCGCCGCAUGCAAGCAAUGGCGUAAACACAUCCACAUCCGAGCCUGAGAUGGUGCGCUCUCAUAAUUGGGCGAUUAGUAGUGGCGGCGAAACUGUCCCUAUUCGUUCGUCUGCGUCAAAGUUGAUGGGUGGACGUCGUCCUAGCUUUGGCCCUGGCCUUGAAGAGCUAAUGAACAUGCCUGAUGUUGAACUACGAGCCAUGAUUAACGCAUCUCAGGCUGAGCUGGAUGUAUCGAGGCGAGAAGUUGACACCAUCGACAAGAAAGUUAUGGCUCUAGUUAAGAGGAACAAGAAGCUUGUUCAGCAGGCUUUAGCAGCUGCAGCAGAGUCAAUGGCCCAGUCGCAGUAA